AUGAAUAGGUUAGAGCAUAAGAGACUACACAACUUGGUGUAUGUCAAAUAUAAUGAAGCUUUACUCCGGAGAUAUAGGGAUGAAAUUGAUCCAAUUUCACUUGGAGACAUAGAAGACUCGUGUAACGAGUGGCUGGUUGGGAUGAUGGAUGGUGAUGAAGUUGAUGCUGGGAAUGUAAGAGUCUUUGAGGAUGAGAAUGAUGAGGAUGCCCUUAAUUGGGAAGCUGUUUACAGAGCUUCCGGAGUUAGAGAGCCUACAAGAUAUACUAGGCAAACAACUAAAAAUAGAAAAGAAACUCUAAACCCUAAUGUUAUUGGCACUUCAUCUAAAACAAAGAGAAGUCGGCUGGUUCUUCAUCUAGGAAGGGAAAGCAACAAGUGA